CCUAGUUUUGAGUCUUUUGACUUUUGAGUUAGGGUUCAUUUCUUACGCGCUCUCCCCCUGUUGCAUUGCAUCCUUUCUCCCACGCCGUCCACCGCCGUUCACAGCUCCCCCUCCAUCCCUCUACCAUCGAAACGCCGCCUAAAGCCCCCCCAUUGCUCCACCACCGUCUAAUUUCUGUUUUUGUAACAAAUGGCCUGUGGAGCAAUGGAUUUGUCAGUGACAAUCCCUGUUGGAAUUCGUUCUCCCCAACAACGAAACCUUAAGUUCGUCAGGGUCAAGUGUUCCGUGUCUAUCGCCGACAAUGCCGUCGCUGUUUCAGCUACAGGAGGGCAGGGAGGCAGACCGUGGAAGGUAUCAGAUGCUAGACUUGUGCUAGAGGAUGGUACCAUUUGGAGGGCUAAGUCAUUUGGUGCUUCCGGCACACAAGUUGGUGAAGUGGUCUUCAAUACUUCAUUGACAGGGUAUCAAGAAAUUCUGACUGACCCUAGUUAUGCUGGCCAGUUUGUAUUGAUGACAAACCCUCAAAUAGGAAAUACUGGUGUGAAUAUUGAUGAUGAAGAGUCAAGUCAAUGCUUUCUGGGCGGUUUGGUGAUUAGAAGCUUAAGCAUCAGCACCUCUAACUGGAGAUGUGUUGAGACACUUGGAGAUUAUUUAUCUAAAAGAAACAUUAUGGGUAUAUAUGAUGUUGACACCCGUGCUAUCACCCGUAGAUUGAGGGAAGAAGGGAGUCUUAUUGGUGUGCUGAGCACAGAAGAAACAAAAUCAGACAACCAACUCUUAGAAAUGGCUCGUUCUUGGGACAUUGUCGGGGUUGAUUUGAUAAGUGGUGUUUCGUGCCAAGCUCCCUAUGAGUGGGUUAACAAAACUGAUGAUGAAUGGGAAUUUAAUUCAAACGGAAGACGUGGAGAAACUUUUAACGUGGUAGCUUACGAUUUUGGUAUCAAGCAUAACAUUUUGAGGCGUCUGGCAUCAUAUGGAUGUAAGAUUACUGUUGUUCCAUCAACGUGGCCAGCAUCAGAGACACUGAAAAUGCAACCAGAUGGCGUUUUCUUCAGCAAUGGUCCAGGAGAUCCCUCAGCCGUACCAUAUGCUGUUGAUACAGUGAAGGAAUUAAUUGGACAGGCCCCGAUAUUUGGAAUUUGUAUGGGCCACCAGUUGCUGGGUCAGGCAUUGGGUGGUAAAACUUAUAAAAUGAAGUUUGGUCAUCAUGGAGGAAAUCAUCCUGUUCGUAAUAUAAGAAAUGGUCAGGUUGAAAUUAGCGCACAGAACCACAACUAUGCAGUAGACCCUGCAUCACUUCCUGAUGGAAUCGAAGUGACGCACAUCAAUCUUAAUGACGAUAGCUGUGCUGGUCUUGCAUUUCCAUCAAAGAAUAUCAUGUCUCUACAAUAUCACCCCGAGGCAUCUCCAGGACCCCAUGAUUCAGACCCUGUUUUUGGAGAAUUCGUGGAUAUGAUGAGGCGAGUGAAAGGAAAUGCUUAAAAUAAUUAUGUAAUUGCUAAUGGUGGACAUGGUUACAAGUCCAUUGAUUUUGCAGCUAGAUAGUUUUUCCAUUAACAGGAUUUUCUUUGCACGAUGUCCUUGAAUAAUAAGGAUCUGUGACCAGGGUGUGAUAUCCAUGGGAAAAUGCUCCUUUGUAGUCUAUUUUGUGGAGUAUGGAUUGUUUUGAUGCUGAGUAAAUGUAUGAUUAAUCAAUUUUUUAAAA